AUUCUCAAGAAUAUUAGAGGAAAAGCAUAGUAAUAAUAGUCCUAGAUUGCUUUUUUGGGAUGCAAAUUUGCUCUUUUUUUGCUGCAGAAAAGAAUCUUUCUUGAGAAGGAGAAAGAUGCUUUAGUGGUAGAAGUGCUUUUCUAACCAGAAGGUUACAUUUUCUAAGAGUCAGUAUAUGAGCAACAGAUUUAUAUAGCUACAUUGAAAGCAGAUUUUAUAUAUUUGUUUUUUUAAAGAAAUUUUCAAGCCAUUGUCCCAUUCAGAAUUUGUUACCAAAAUGUCUGUCAAAGUCACAUUGUUUGAAUUGGCAGAUCUCUCCAUAGGGACCCCGGAGGUUGGCGUUAUCAAUUUCAAUGCCCUCCAUGCUCUCUUACAUGCUGUCAUCAGCUACCUCAAUAUUCAAGAUAUCAAAGCAGAUGUGAAGAUUGACAGAGGUCCUCCAACCAAACCAGAUAUGGCAUUGCUUUCUGCUGCAACUGAGACAGGACCUAGGGAUUUAUUAGGCCAAGAGGCAUUACCAAAAGAGAAGGAGGAUAAGGAAGGCUUUUUGAGCGAGGAGCCGGAUUCUCGGCUUGCUGACUUGGAAAAGAAACUAAAGCAGAUGGAGACUAAUCUCCGUGGUGUGAAAGGUCAGAUUAAAGGGAUAGAAGGCCAUGUCCAAGGGGUAUUAGGUCAAGUCCAAGAAGUAGAAAAUCAAAUCAGUGGGGUGCAAAAUCAAAUUCAGGGAAUACAAGAUGAAGUCCAUGGAGUGCAAGAUCAAACUCAGGGAGUGCAGGAUAAAGUGAAAAGAAUGGGGAAAGACCUCAUAGGGGUUGAAAAGCAGAUUGCUGGACUGGAGAAGCUUCCUUCAGGGACUGAACUGAUAGAGAAGGCCCAAAGUGGAUUCGGCACAGCUGUAUCUGACAUGUGGCAAAUGAUGCAGAUGCAGAAAAAGAUUGAAGCCAAUGAGAAUGGAAUCAACCAAGUUAUGUCUGUGUUACAAGAUUUAGUGGAUGAAACUAGCCACUGGAAAUCAGCCACAAGCAACUUGGAGGAUGAAGUAAAAAAAAUCAAGGAGCACUUAGCUGUGCUAGAUCCUCGUGGGUUUGAUGAUCGUUUAAAUGUUUGCCUGAGCGAUCAGAGUAGCUUGGAUCACGAUUUGAAAGAUUUAGAGAGAAGGUUAAACCAAUUCCCAUCUCCAGAAGAAAUGGUACGGUGGGGAGUUCUUGAAGAUAUCCUUGUGAAGGGCAAGAGCCCAUCUCCUCAUACAAGUCCAGUCCAACACUCUCCAACUGGUUCAACCUCACCAGAAGGCAAAACUCCAGAAACUCAGCCUGGCACUGCUUUCCAGAGAACAGGCCCAAGCCCACCAACUGGAUUACCAGGGGAUCAGGCAGGAACACUAGGGGCUCCAAGUGGAGCAGCGAUCCCUGGAGCACAGCCAGGCAUUUCUGGGGUUCCAGGACCAUUUGGACCUCAGCUUGGAGCACCUGGGACAUAUCCCGGGGCACCUGGAGCCCGGGCUCCCUUUCCUGGAGCACCUGGCACUUAUGUUGGAGCACCUGGGGCAUAUGCCGGGGCACCUGGAGCCCAGGCUCCCUUUCCUGGAGCACCUGGGGCAUAUGCCGGGGCACCUGGAGCCCAGGCUCCCUUUCCUGAAGCACCUGGGACUUAUCCUGGGGUACCUGGAGCCCAGGCUCCCUUACCUGGGGCAUAUCCUGGGGCACCUGGAGUCCAGCCUCCCUUUCCUGGAGCACCUGGGACCUAUCCUGGAGCACCUAGAGCCCAGGCUCCUUUUCCUGGAGCACCUGGGGCAUAUCCUACAGCCCAGGCUCCCUAUCUUGGACCAUUGGGGGCCCAGGCUCCCUAUCCUGGUAUACCAGGGGCUCAAGCUCUGUAUCCUGGAGUUCCACAGGCCCAGCUUGGAGGUCCUGGAGCCCAGCCUGGAGCUCCUGGAGCCCAAGGCCCUUAUCCUGGGGCACCUGGGGCCCAGCCUGGAGUUCCUGAAGCAGAACCACCCUAUCCUGGAGCACCUGGGACUCAGCCUGAAGUUCCUGGAGACCAACCACCGUAUGCUGGAGCCCAGGCUGGAGUUCCUGGAGACCAACCACCCUAUCCUGGAGCACCUGGGGCCCAGCCCGGAGCUCCUGGGGCCCAGCCCGGAGCACCUGGGGCCCAGCCCGGAGCUCCUGGAGCCCAGGUCCCUUACCCUGGGGUACCUGGAGCCCAGCCUGAAGCUCCUAGAGCCCAACAACCAUACCCUGUAGCACCUGGGGCCAAGCCUGGAGCUCCUGGAGCUGAACCACCCUAUGCUGGAGUACCUGGGGCCCAGCCUGGAGCUCCUGGAGCCCAAGGCCCUUAUCCUGGGGUACCUGGGGCCCAGACUGGAGCCCAACCACCCUAUGCAGGAGCACCCCAGCCUGGAGCUCAAGGCCCUUAUCCUGGGGUAGCUUGGGCCCAGCCUGGAGCUCCUGGGGCCCAAGCACCCUAUGCAGGAGUACCUGGGACCCAGCCUGGAGCUCCUGGAACCCAAGGCCCCUAUCCUGGGGUACCUUGGGUCCAGCCUGGAGCUCCUGGAGCCCAACCACCCUAUGCUGGAGCACCUGGGGCACAGCCUGGAGCUCCUGGGGCACAGCCUGGAGCUCCUGGAGCCCAAAGCCCUUAUCCUGGGGUACCUUGGGUCCAGCCUGAAGCUCCUGGAGCCCAACCACCCUAUGCUGGAGCACCUGGGGCCCAGCCUGGAGCUCCUGGAGCCCAACCGCCCUAUCCUGGACCACCUGGAGCCCAGCCUGGAGCUCCUGGAGCCCAGAUCCCUUAUCCUGAGGUAUCUGGGGCCCAGCCUGGUGGUCCUGGAGCCCAAGUACCCUAUCCAGGAGCACCUGGGGCUCAGCCUGGAGCUCCUGGAGCCCAGACCCCUUAUCCUGAGUUAUCUGGGGUCCAGCCUGGUGGUCCUGGAGCACAAGUACCCUAUCCAGGAGCACCUGGGGCUCAGCCUGGAGCUCCUGGAGCCCAGACCCCUUAUCCUGAGUUAUCUGGGGUCCAGCCUGGAGCUCCUGGAGCCCAGGUCCCUUAUUCUGAGGUAUCUGGGGCCCAGCCUGGAGCUCCUGGAGCCCAACCACUCUAUCCCGGAGCACCUUGGACCCAGCCUGAAGGGCCUGGAGGCCAGGUCUCCUAUCCUGGUGCACCUGGGGCCCAACCUGGAGGUCCUGAAGCCCAAGCACCCUAUCCUGGAGGACAUGGGGCCCAACUGCCCUAUCUGGGAGCCCCUGGGGCCCAGCCCGGAGGUCCUGGAGCCCAACCACCCUAUCCAGGAGCACCCGGGGCCCAGCCUGUAGGUCCUGGAGCCCAAGGCCUUUAUCCUGGGGCCCAGGCUGGAGGUCCCGGAGCCCAAGCACCCUAUCCGGGAGCACCUUGGACCCAGCCUGGAGGGCCUGAAGGCCAAGUCUCCUAUCCUGGUGCACCUGGGGCCCAGCCUGGAGGUCCUGAAGCCCAACCACCCUAUCCAGGAGCACCUGGGGCCCUGCCUGGAGGUCCUGGAGCCCAAGCACCCUAUCCGGGAGCACCUUGGACCCAGCCUGGAGGGCCUGAAGGCCAAAUCUACUAUCCUGGUGCACCUGGGGCCCAGCCUGGAGGUCCUAGAGCCCAACCACCCUAUCUGGGAGCACCUGGGGCCCAGCCUGGUGGUCCUGGGGCACCAGGGGCCCAGCCUGGUGGUCCUGGGGCACCAGGGGCCCAGCCUGGAGGUCCUGGAGCCCAAGGCCCCUAUCCUGGGCCACCUGGAGUCCAGGCUCCAUAUCCUGAGGUAGCUGGAGCUCAAGCUCCGUAUCCUGAGAUUUCAAAGGCUCAACCUGGGGCUCAACCACCCUAUAUUGGGAUACCUGGAGCCUAUCCUGGGGCCCAGAUUCCAUAUCCUGGUGUUCCAGGGACCCAGCCUGGUAUGGCUGGGGCCCAACCUGGAGUUUUUGAAGGCCAACUUCCCUAUCCUGAGGCUCCUGGAGCCCGCCCUGCUGUUUCUGGGGCCGAGCCUGCAAUUCCUGGAGCCCAAUCCCCCUAUUCUGGUGUACCUGGACUCUAUUCUGGGGCACCUGGGGCUCAAGCUCCAUAUUUUGGUGUUCCUAGGGCCCAACCUGGUGCUUCUGAGACUCAACCUGGUGCUCCUGGAGGCCAACCUGGUGCUCCUGGGACUCAACCUGGUGCUCCUGGGGCCCAACCUGGUAUUCCUGGGACUCAACCUGGUGUUCCUGGGGCCCAACCUGGUGCUCCUGGGGCCCAACCUGGUGCUCCUGGGGCCCAACCUGGUGCUCCUGGGGCCCAACCUGGUGCUCCUGGGACUGAGGCAGAGUAUUUUGGUGCCCCUUGGGUUCAGCCAGUCUAUCCUGGAGCAUUAACUGGGACACAACCUGGAUAUCCUGGCGCCCCUGGAUUCUAUCCCGGAGCCCCAACUGGAUAUCCUGGCCAGCCUGGAGGGCCUGGGCUUUUUCCACCUGGAUAUCAACCUCCUGCUUUACCUGCUGCACCAGCAGGCCAAUUGACUGUGCCCCCUAUGCUAGGGGUUGGAGUUGCACCCCUCUUACCCUCCACCACUCCUGUGGGAUAUUCUGAGACUCCCUCUGCUUUGACCAAUUUGGCUCCAACUCGCUAUGCGGAGACGCUGGAUGCCCUGCGCUCCCUUUCCCAGCUGAAUGACCUCUACCAAACUCUCAGAGACCAGAUCGCCAUGCUGGACUACUACAAAUGUGGCCAUUCUGAUCUCCGCAGGCUACAGGACUUCCUCACCGAUGCACUUUAUAAGACCUUUGCUACCAUCCCACCUAAUCUGUCAGAAAAACUUGAUGCUAUGCGUUCCUUGGAAGAAGACUUCAAAUCUGAGAAAGAGGUGUUAAGGAGGAUUCAGAAUGCAAUUGAAGGAGAACCGCUGGGAGGAGAAGAGGUAGAAAAAAUAGAGGGAGCUAAUCAAAUCACCUUGCAAGUUGGUUAUCUCAGAGCAACAGUGCAAGAUAUAGAGAAAGAGCUAAAGGAACUGAGACAGAAACAAGAUAUGGGGAAAGCCAAAUUGGAGCAGUCGAUGACAGACAAUGCCUAUUACCUCCAGGAGCAGUUAGACAAGCUUAGAUCUGUCAUAGAGAACAUGAUGUCAUCCUCGUCAACUUUGCUGUCCAUGAGCAUGCCACCCACCCCAGAGUCUGGUGCAGCUCAAGUCCAAGGCACGUGUGCAGCCUGCAGCUUAGAUGUCAGUGAGAAGGUUAGCCAGUUGUUCAAGCGCUACGAGCAGUUACAGGACUCGGUCAACAACUUCAUGUUGAGGCAGGCAGAAAGCAAAACGAAGAAACCCAAGCAACGUCAGGAUGAAGAGGUGCUCAACCAAAUCCAGAGUACUAUCCUGCAAGUCCAAGAAGAUUGUGAGAAGCUGAAUGCCACUACUGGCAAUCUUGUUGAAGAUCAUCACCAGAAACAGAAAGAGAUCAGUGCAUUGUACAAAUCACUGGAGAAACUGGAAAAUGAAAAAGUUGACAAAGAUUCCCUAGAGACGGAAAUCCAUGUGAAAGCAGAUAAGACUGCCCUUGCAGCAAAGGUCAGUCGUACCCAGUUUGAUGCCACCACAGAACAGCUACAUAAGAUGAUGCAGGAACUGCUCAAUAAGAUGGUUGGGCAAGAACAAGACUGGCAGAAAAUGCUGGACAAACUCUUGAUUGAAAUGGACUCCAAGCUGGACCGCUUGGAACUGGAUCCCUUCAGGCAGCAGUUGGAAGAUCGUUGGAAAGAUAUUCGGAAACAGUUGAAGCAAAGAGUUCCACAAGAUGAAGGCGAUGAGGCUGCAGGGAUCAGAAGGAGACUCCUGGCUCACUUCCACUGCAUUUCUUGUGACCGACCCUUAGAGAUGGUGGUGCCCGGCCCGCGAAUUACGACUCUCCCAGCUGUUCCAGGUUUACCUGCUCAUCAAUCCCUCCGGCCGUAUAUGGUUUAUGAAAUGGAACAAAUCAGGCAACUGAACCGCAACAAUUUGAAAUUAGGACCGGGUGUUCGUUUUGAUGCCCUGGAGAAGAGUGCUAGUCUGAACAAGUUACGGCGCAUCCAUUCCAAGAUGCUCAUGGACAUACAGAAGGUGCAGAGUCAUUAUGGCGGAGCUGCCAGGGUCAACGCUCAGAUGAUCAGGGAAGCCCUUCAGUCCCAGUAUCUUGGCUCAAACCCUUUUGGCAAACGAGAGAGACUUCCGGAGGCUGACUUUAGCUUCAUGAAUGUACCUCGGCACUGUGGAGGCAGCCAUACCCUCACCCAUCCAUUCAGACGCUAUGUGAAACUACAACAGUUCAGCCAGAGUAUUCCCCCUGUCCAACCAGAUGAAAGCCCCAUGCUGGCAGUGAUGAAGCACGAAGAAGUAGAUAUACUGGGUCUUGAUGGUCAUAUUUACAAAGGACGUAUGGAUACACAUCUUCCAUCAAUAACUGGAAAAGAAUAUGUCCCAAGAACAAGAAGCAAGCUCCUUCGGUCUUCCUCACAAAGGCAGCAGCAUCCCAUGCUCAGUGACCUGGCCAACCUCCCUGCUCGCCCCCAAACUGCAAAAGUGUCUAUGGGCAGCAUGUCAGCUAAAUCAAUAACAGACAAGUCUGCCUCUCCGUUAAGGAACUCGGAAGAGCCUGGAAAUUUGGACAGAGAAACAAUUGAGGUCCGAAUGACGAUUGCCUCGAGACAACGGUCUGAUGAACAGUCUACCUAACCCAAGAGGAUUCAGUUUUGCACUUGCAUAGAAGAAUGUGGUUCUCACUGAUGAAGCCAGACAAUAAAGAGUAUUCUAAAGGAGAAGGGUGGAGUCUUCUGCUGCCAUGGAGCCUUGGCCCUCUGGCUAUGCCCAUAGUGUUUGCAGUCUCUGCUGUUUCCUAUAGUGAUG